AUCCUACCUUAUCCCGGUGCAGUCUCUCUCUUCAUCUCCCUCCACAGAACCAUGCUCACAGUCGUUCUGCGCAACUGAACUGAUUGGAAGCCUAUUCUUCCCUUAUUGCUGGCAUUCAAAAUAUGGCGGCACUGCCAGUGGAGUCGCCGGUGCUCAACCACCACCCCUCCAUCUCACCUUUCUCUCCCAAAUUAUUUGGAUUCUCCCACUCCACUUCUUACCGCAAACCCCCCACCACUUCCUCCCUUUUUCCCCUUCAGCUAUCCUCUCACCGAGGCCGUCGAUUGCGUCCCAUGGCUUCCCUCAGCGGUCUGCUUGGCGGGAUUUUCAAGGGCACUGACACCGGGGAGUCCACCAGGCAGCAGUACGCCGGAACCGUCACUCUCAUCAAUAAUUUGGAAGCCGAGAUGUCUGCGUUAUCUGAUUCCGAAUUGAGGGACAGGACCCGCCUUCUCAAGGAACGAGCUCAGCGGGGUGAAUCUUUGGAUUCUCUUUUACCUGAAGCAUUUGCUGUGGUGAGAGAGGCUUCAAAAAGGGUUCUAGGCCUUCGUCCUUUUGAUGUUCAACUGAUUGGUGGCAUGGUUCUUCAUAAGGGAGAAAUAGCUGAAAUGAGAACUGGAGAAGGAAAGACCCUUGUUGCAAUUUUACCAGCUUAUUUGAAUGCAUUAAGUGGGAAAGGAGUUCAUGUUGUUACUGUCAAUGAUUAUCUGGCCCGGCGAGAUUGUGAAUGGGUUGGUCAAGUUCCUCGAUUUCUUGGACUGCAGGUUGGCCUAAUCCAACAGAAUAUGACAAGUGAACAAAGGAGGGAAAAUUACUUAUGUGACAUCACAUAUGUCACAAACAGUGAGCUUGGUUUUGAUUUCUUGAGAGACAAUCUUGCCACGAGUGUUGAUGAGCUUGUCUUGAGGGGUUUCAAUUACUGUGUAAUUGAUGAGGUUGACUCAAUUCUGAUUGACGAAGCAAGAACUCCUCUCAUUAUCUCAGGACCUGCUGAAAAGCCAAGUGAUAGGUACUAUAAAGCUGCAAAAAUUGCCUUGGCCUUUGAGCGAGAUCUGCAUUACACGGUUGAUGAGAAGCAGAAAACAGUUCUACUCACAGAACAGGGUUAUGAGGAUGCCGAGGAAAUUCUGGCUGUGAAAGAUUUAUAUGAUCCUCGAGAACAGUGGGCCUCAUAUAUAUUGAAUGCAAUAAAGGCGAAAGAACUUUUUCUUAGAGAUGUCAACUAUAUCAUUCGUGGAAAGGAGGUCCUGAUUGUGGAUGAGUUUACAGGUCGAGUUAUGCAGGGUAGGCGAUGGAGCGAUGGACUUCACCAGGCGGUUGAAGCAAAAGAAGGGUUGCCCAUUCAAAAUGAAACUGUGACGCUAGCCUCAAUCAGUUAUCAGAACUUCUUUCUCCAGUUUCCAAAGCUUUGUGGAAUGACUGGCACCGCAGCAACUGAAGGCACAGAAUUUGAGAGCAUAUACAAGCUUAAAGUUACAAUUGUGCCCACAAACAAACCCAUGAUAAGAAAGGAUGAGUCGGACGUAGUUUUCAGGGCCACUACAGGAAAAUGGCGGGCAGUGGUGGUUGAAAUUUCUAGAAUGCACAAGACAGGUCGUCCAGUGCUUGUUGGCACCACAAGUGUUGAGCAAAGUGACUCAUUGUCAGAACAGUUGAAUGAAGCUGGAAUUCCCCAUGAGGUUCUCAAUGCGAAACCAGAGAAUGUAGAGAGAGAAGCAGAAAUUGUUGCACAGAGUGGUCGUCUUGGGGCAGUUACAAUUGCUACCAAUAUGGCAGGUCGUGGAACAGAUAUAAUUCUUGGUGGUAAUGCAGAAUUUAUGGCAAGGUUGAAGCUUCGCGAGAUGCUUAUGCCAAGGGUUGUCAAGCUAGUGGAAGGAGUUCUUGUAUCUGUGAAGAAACUUCCUCCAAAGAAGAUAUGGAAGGUGAAUGAAAGUCUAUUUCCAUGCAAACUAUCCAGCACAAAUACCAAGCUGGCUGAGGAAGCUGUGGAGUUAGCUGUCAAAACUUGGGGAAAGAGAUCGUUAACUGAGCUUGAAGCCGAGGAACGGUUGUCUUAUUCUUGUGAAAAGGGCCCUGCUCAGGAUGAUGUCAUAGCAAAGCUGCGCAGCGCCUUCUUAGAAAUUGUUAGAGAAUAUAAGAUCUACACUGAGGAAGAAAGGAAAAAGGUCGUGUCAGCAGGUGGACUUCAUGUGGUGGGGACAGAACGGCAUGAAUCUCGUCGAAUUGACAAUCAGUUGCGUGGUCGAAGUGGCCGCCAAGGGGAUCCAGGAAGUUCCCGUUUCUUCCUUAGUCUUGAAGAUAACAUCUUUCGAAUUUUUGGGGGAGACAGAAUUCAGGGUUUGAUGACCGCUUUUAGAGUUGAAGACCUACCGAUUGAGUCCAAGAUGUUGACAAAGGCACUAGAUGAAGCACAGCGGAAAGUAGAGAAUUAUUUCUUUGAUAUUCGAAAGCAAUUAUUUGAGUAUGAUGAGGUCCUGAACAGCCAAAGGGACCGUGUAUAUGCAGAGAGAAGGCGAGCCCUUGAAUCUAACAACCUCCAAUCUCUUCUUAUUGAAUAUGCUGAACUGACAAUGGAUGACAUCUUGGAGGCAAAUAUUGGGUCUGAUGCUCCAAAGGAAAGCUGGGAUCUUGAAAAGCUCAUUGUGAAACUUCAACAGUACUGCUACCUGUUGAAUGAUCUAACCCCAGACUUGCUGGCAACAAAAAGUUCAAGUUAUGAAGAUUUGCGUGAUUACCUUCAUCUUCGCGGUAGAGAAGCUUACUUGCAAAAAAGGGAUAUUGUGGAGAAUCAAGCACCAGGUUUGAUGAAGGAAGCUGAAAGGUUCCUCAUUUUGAGCAACAUUGAUCGCCUAUGGAAAGAACACUUGCAAGCACUUAAGUUUGUUCAGCAAGCUGUAGGCUUACGUGGAUAUGCACAGCGGGAUCCGCUUAUUGAGUACAAGCUUGAAGGCUACAAUCUAUUCUUGGAGAUGAUGGCACAGAUAAGAAGAAAUGUUAUUUAUUCAAUAUACCAGUUUCAACCAGUACUAGUGAAGAAUCAGGAACAACAAGAACAGAGUGAGAAAUCAGGCGAACUUGUAGCAAACGGAACAGGAAGUAGUAACAACCAGCAGGAUCCUGUUGGGGCUGUUGAGUCCACUUCAUCAGCCGCCAGUCCCCAAGCUAGCGCAUAAGAUAGCAUCAAAGAAAAAUUCCUGCAGAGAUUUUGGGAGGUAUUGAAGGAGGAUAAAAGUUUCCUCUAAUUUAUUAGACCCUGCAAAGUGGAUGAGUUAAAAGGUGAUGUAGAAUACUGUCAAUUGUACCAUAGGAGAACCAUAAGAUGAAAUGAGAAAUUAUUGAAAAAUCAAUAAAGAAAGGCCCUAUCAUUUUCUUUAAA